AUGCUGCGCUUUCGUUAUUCCACAGCCGCACCUGCAAAAUCUUCAUACUCCUAUGCUAGCGCAAUAGUUGCUCUCGCUGCGACUGGCGGCCUGACCGCGGCUUACUUCUUUUGGCCCUCAGAAUCCCGUGCUGCACCUACAUAUCGACACGAAUCUAUCUCACCCUCUCACUUCACUCCCGUCACUCUCACGGCCAGCGAGGACUGUGGACCAAACCUGAAGCUUCUCACCCUCACCAUUGCACCCGAGUCCCUUCCAUCAUCUUCGCAAUCAUCGGCCUUCUGGCCAAUCUGGUCCAUAUUUAUUAAAGAUGAUGAUAUCCAGGUCGAGAGACCUUACACACCGCUAGAGGGGAUGGACGACCGUGGCAAUAUAAAAUUAUGGGUGAAGAAAUAUCUCAAAGGCGAAGUAGGAAGAUGGCUACAUUCAAAGCAAGUCGGCGACACAGUGGAGAUUCGUGGUCCGUUACCGACCUUCCAUGCAUAUGCAGACACUUGGGAUGAGAUUGUCAUGAUCUCAGGAGGGACAGGCUUUUCGCCCUUCUACCAGUUGCUCCAUCAUCAGCUGCUCCAAGGGGGUGCCAAGAAUAAGUCUACUCGUUUCACGCUACUCCACGGCUCGCAGAACGCUGCCGAACUUCCACCGCCCUUAUUCUUACAACCUCUCCUAAAGCUGGCUGAGCGUCACCCGGAGAGGCUAAGAAUUCGCUUGUUCAUCGUCAUACCAUGGUUUCGCUCACGCAAAUUUUUCGACAGAAUGAUCGCGGCUAUUGCUGGUCCAUACGGUCGCAAUUACUCACAGGGGGCUGUCGGUGGGAUCCUUGGUGACUUGGGUUUUAAAUCGGGACAAGUAUGGAAGCUGUAG